CUGUAAAGCAAAAGCUGGCAGGCUGACAAACGGGCAGCUUACAGGACGGACUCUCUGGCUACUGACCAUUUAGCUGUGGCAUACCCGGAUUGUGUGUGGGUGGGAAGUCGACAAUGAGCUCCGUGGCAGUUUUGACCCAGGAGAGCUUCGCUGAACACCGCAGCGGCCUGGCUCAGCAGCAGGUGAAAGUUACAGCUUUAAACUCUGAAGAAGAGAAUGAUCCUCCAACCUACAAGGAAGCCUUCCCUCCGCUCCCUGAGAAAGCACCAUGUUUGGAAGCUGCCCAGGAACCUGCUGGGCCCUGGAGCAAAAUCCGACCGAUAAAGGCUUCUGUCAUCACUCAGGUGUUUCAUGUGCCACUGGAGGAGAGGAAGUACAAGGACAUGAAUCAGUUUGGAGAAGGCGAGCAGGCCAAGAUCUGCCUUGACAUCAUGCAGAAGACAGGAGCUCACCUGGAGCUGUCUCUCGCAAAGGACCAGGGCCUUUCGAUCAUGGUCUCUGGCAAGCUGGAAGCAGUCAUGAAGGCUCGGAAGGAGAUUGUCGCUCGGCUGCAGACUCAGGCUUCAGCGACAGUUGCCAUCCCCAAGGAGCACCACCGUUUUGUCAUUGGAAAGAAUGGCGAGAAGCUGCAGGACCUGGAGCUCAAAACUGCAACCAAAAUCCAGAUCCCCCGCCCGGAUGACCCCAGCAACCAGAUCAAGAUCACCGGCACUAAAGAAGGGAUUGAGAAGGCCCGACACGAGAUCCUGCUUAUCUCUGCGGAGCAGGAUAAGCGUGCUGUGGAGCGGCUGGAUGUGGAGAAAGUGUACCACCCCUUCAUCGCUGGCCCUUACAACAAGCUGGUGAGCGAGCUCAUGCAGGACACAGGGACACGCAUCAACAUUCCUCCACCCAGUGUCAACAAGACAGAGAUAGUCUUUACAGGAGAAAAGGAGCAGCUAGCCCAGGCUGUGGCUCGCGUUAAGAAGAUCUAUGAGGAGAAGAAAAAGAAGACUACUACCAUUGCAGUGGAGGUGAAGAAGUCCCAGCACAAGUAUGUCAUCGGCCCCAAGGGGAAUUCCCUGCAGGAGAUCUUGGAGAAAACUGGAGUCUCUGUCGAGAUCCCACCCACUGACAGUAGCUCGGAGACGGUGAUACUGCGAGGCGAGCCUGAAAAGCUUGGGCAAGCAUUGACUGAAGUCUAUGCCAAGGCCAACAGUUUUACCGUCUCCUCGGUCUCUGCCCCCUCUUGGCUUCAUCGUUUCAUUAUUGGAAAGAAAGGACAAAACCUGGCCAAAAUAACUCAGCAGAUGCCAAAGGUUCACAUCGAAUUCACUGAAGGAGAGGAUAAAAUCACUUUGGAAGGACCUACAGAAGAUGUGAAUGUGGCUCAGGAACAGAUUGAAGUCAUGGUCAAGGAUCUGAUCAACCGGAUGGAUUAUGCAGAAAUCAACGUUGACCACAAAUUCCACCGACACCUCAUUGGCAAGAAUGGAGCUAACAUUAACAGGAUUAAGGACCUCUACAAGGUGUCUGUGCGCAUUCCCCCGGACAAUGAGAAGAGCAACCUGAUCAGAAUUGAAGGAGACCCACAGGGGGUCCAACAGGCCAAGAAAGAGCUGCUGGAACUCGCUUCCCGUAUGGAAAAUGAACGCACCAAGGACCUAAUCAUUGAGCAGAAAUUCCACCGGACCAUCAUUGGGCAGAAGGGCGAGCGGAUCCGGGAAAUCCGGGAGAAAUUCCCAGAGGUUAUCAUCAACUUCCCAGACCCCACGCACAAGAGUGACAUCGUCCAACUCAGAGGUCCCAAAAACGAGGUGGAGAAGUGCACCAAGUACAUGCAAAAGAUGGUGGCAGACCUGGUUGAAAACAGCUUUUCUAUUUCUGUCCCCAUCUUCAAACAGUUCCACAAGAACAUCAUAGGAAAAGGAGGUGCCAACAUCAAGAAGAUCCGUGAAGAAAGCAACACCAAAAUUGAUCUCCCGGCAGAGAACAGCAACUCAGAGACAAUUGUUAUUACAGGCAAGAGAGCAAACUGUGAGGCUGCUCGCCACAGAAUUCUCGCCAUCCAGAAGGAGCUGGCCAACAUCACAGAGGUGGAGGUCUCUAUUCCUUCUAAACUGCACAAUUCCCUCAUUGGCGCCAAAGGCCGCUUCAUCCGCUCCAUCAUGGAGGAGUGUGGUGGAGUCCACAUCCACUUCCCCACCGAGGGCUCUGGCAGUGACACCGUGACCAUCAGGGGCCCAGCCCAGGAUGUGGAGAAAGCCAAGAAACAGCUGCUGCACCUGGCAGAGGAGAAGCAAACAAAGAGUUACACCGUGGACCUCCGUGCAAAGCCAGAGUACCACAAAUUCCUUAUUGGUAAGGGUGGUGGCAACAUCCGCAAGGUGCGUGACAACACUGGGGCCCGCAUCAUCUUCCCAACCUCGGAGGACAAAGACCAGGAGCUGAUUACGAUCAUGGGAACUGAGGAGGCUGUGAAAGAGGCCCAGAAGGAGUUGGAGGCCCUCAUCAAGAACCUGGGCGCGCCGGGCGGGUGGUGUUCGCGGGGGGUGGUUGAAGACUCCAUGGUGGUUGACCCCAAGCACCACCGCCACUUUGUCAUCCGGAGAGGGCAAGUUCUGCGUGAGAUCGCAGAUGAGUAUGGUGGUGUGAUGGUCAGCUUCCCGCGGUCUGGCACCCAGAGCGACAAAGUCACCCUCAAAGGAGCCAAGGACUGUGUGGAGGCAGCUAAGAAGCGCAUCCAGGAGAUCAUCGAGGACCUGGAAGCUCAAGUGACAAUCGAAUGCACCAUCCCACAAAAGUUCCACCGCUCCAUUAUGGGCCCCAAAGGAUCCCGAAUCCAGCAGAUCACCCGGGACUAUGGUGUCCAGAUCAAAUUCCCUGACAGGGAGGAGAACCCAGCCCCUGUUGCAGAGCCAGCUGUGCAGGAGAAUGGUGAGGAAGGUGGGGAAGGCAAGGACGGGAAGGAUGCAGACCCCAGCUCUCCGAGGAAGUGUGAUAUCAUCAUCAUCUCUGGCCGCAGGGAGAAGUGUGAGGCAGCAAAGGAGGCGCUGCAGGCUCUGGUUCCGGUCACCAUCGAGGUGGAAGUUCCCUUUGAUCUUCACCGUUACAUCAUUGGCCAGAAAGGAAGUGGGAUUCGCAAAAUGAUGGAUGAGUUUGAAGUCAACAUCCAGGUCCCUGCUCCUGAGCUGCAGUCGGAUAUCAUCACCAUCACUGGGCUGGCUACCAACCUGGACCGUGCCAAGGCUGGGCUGCUGGAAAGAGUGAAGGAGCUGCAGGCUGAACAAGAGGAUCGGGCCUUGCGAAGCUUCAAGCUGACAGUCACUGUGGAUCCCAAGUAUCACCCUAAAAUCAUUGGGCGGAAAGGAGCAGUGAUCACCCAGAUACGCACAGAGCAUGAGGUCAACAUCCAGUUCCCCGACAAGGAUGAUGAAAGCCAGGCUCAAGACCAGAUCACCAUCACUGGGUAUGAGAAGAACGCCGAGGCUGCCCGGGAUGCCAUCAUGAAGAUUGUUGGCGAGCUGGAGCAGAUGGUCUCUGAGGAUGUGACUCUGGACCAUCGUGUUCACGCACGGAUCAUUGGUGCACGUGGUAAAGCCAUCCGCAAAAUCAUGGAUGAGUUCAAGGUGGAUAUUCGCUUUCCCCAGAGUGGAGCUCCUGACCCCAACUGUGUGACUGUGACAGGACUCCCUGAGAACGUGGAAGAAGCUAUUGAUCACAUCCUGAACUUGGAGGAGGAAUAUCUUGCAGAUGUGGUGGACAACGAGGCAAUGCAGGUGUAUAUGAAGCCCUCUUCACACGAAGAGUCCAAGGCCCCAUCCAAGGGCUUUGUGGUGAGAGAUGCCCCCUGGGCCACUGUCAACAAUGAAAAGGCCCCUGAUAUGAGCAGUUCGGAAGACUUCCCCAGCUUUGGGGCUCAAGUGGCCCCCAAGACUCUUCCCUGGGGACCCAAACGAUAAUGACCUGGAAGCCGAAACAUCUCCUCCAGCCCGCUGACCUGACACUAACCUGCCACAAGUACUUCCUGUCUGAAAUCUGACCCAGCGGCUGGAGCACAAGUCAAUUGCCCCAAGAGGUCUCCUAAUGGUGUCUGGAGUGCUCGACCCCAUCCUGCUCCCCUCAGCUAUCACCGUGGCUAGGACCCACCCUCAUCUCUUGACGGAUAUUCUCUCCUCCUUUGGAACGAGGCUUCCACUCAGAUUCAAACACUAAAAGUGUGUGUUUUUGUUAGAAACUUCAUAAUUGACGCCAAGUGGCUAAGAUUCGCAGCUUCCCGAGCGCUAGCAGAGCGAUCCGCUCUCUUGAGCAUGUCUUACUAGGCAUUCUCGCCUUCAUUAGGAGACCUCCUUUACUGUGGCUAGGAAUCUACUUCCUGUCUCAUGACCUCAGGAAAUAAAUUUCCUUGACUUUCUAAAGCCAAAA